AAUCCCACUUCCCGGUUACCUUCGUUCCAACCAUACAGUCUAUGGUUCCAACUGUCAAUGGAAAGCAGCUUGUCAACAAACAACUAGCAAGCAAAAACGUUUGGUCUUUUAAAAAAAAAAACAUAUAGCAAUGUGAUUUUCAGUGUAAGCGCCUGUUAAUGAUCUCCUCUACUUAGUAUUUUCAAGGUCACGGCGACAACAGUGCCGGGGAGGGUCCGGAAAGGAACAAUGGAUAGAGGGUAGGAGGCAGUAAGGACGCAGAGGAGAGGUUGAAGAAGCACUGGGCACCUGGAAAGAAACAGAACAACUGAAAGAGAGGAGGGGACUAAAAGCAGCUGACAGUGGCUAAGCAGUCCAAGCAGCUCUAAGACAGUCGAGUCAUUAUGGAGAACUUCCGACGGACCUACCUGCGUCUAUGUAAGGAGGGGGGCGUGGAGCCCCAGGAGUCAGUCCUAGCCCAACUCCAGGAGGCCAGGGGGGCCACAGCCGGGUCCAGGCUGGACCUGAGUGGACAAAGCCUUUCUGUAGACACCUGUGCUGUGUUGGGAAGGGUCUUUGACAAGGACACACUGUUCACUGAACUGAUGCUUAGUGACUGCAUGCUAACAGAGGAAGGUGCCAAGUUGUUGCUGAACGGCCUGUGUGGCAACUCUACUGUUAAAGUCCUGGAUCUGAAGGGGAAUAACUUGAGAUCAACAGGCGCUGAGGCUUUGGGGAAGCUGUUGGGGAGAAACAAGACACUCAGGAGAUUGGUGUUAGAGUGGAAUGCAUUAGGGAUGUGGGAUGAGGCGUUUUCAGUGUUCUGUGAGGGUUUGGCCUCAAACGCCAGCCUAACUCAGCUGGAUCUCCGCAACAACCAGAUCAACCACCAGGGGGCCUCAGAUCUCUGCCUUGCCCUCAAGAGGAACAGCACCCUGCAGGAACUCGAUGUGAGGUGGAACAACAUUGGUCUGCUGGGAGGCCGAUCCUUCCUAGAGGCUUUGCAGCAGAACAGGACCCUCACACACCUACAGAUGGCAGGCAACAACAUCCCCAGCGACACACUCAAAGCACUUGAGCAGGGCAUGGACCAUAAUUCUGACAGGCAGUCAACACUGAGAGAGAGCCGCAGUCGAACACAAGUUCUUAGCAAGGAGAUCCAGAACCUCAAAGAGGAGAAAGGACGCCAGUUCCUGAGUCUGAUGGAAACCAUUGACAAACAGAGAGAUGAGAUGGGCCGAAGCUCCAGGUCAGCGACCACAUCUAUCCAUGUGGGACAGCUACAGGAGGCACUCAACGAGAGGAAGUCCGUUGUCAACUCACUCACAGCCAAGCUCCAGAUGACUGAAGCAGCGUUGGCUCUGUCAGAGCAGAAGAAGCACAACCUGGGAGAGCUGCUGACCAGGGUAAAGGCUGAGCAAGACGAGCUGAAGGAACGACAGAACAGGGAGAGGAAGAAGGAACAGGAGGACAGUGUUCUGAGGGAGGGGAAGCUGCUCAGAGAGAUUAACAAUAUGUCAGAAACCAACAUACAGCUGAAGAAUAAGGUGGAGGAGAUGGAGCGCAGGUGUAAGUCUCAGCAGGAGCAGAUCUUUGAGCUAAAGCAGGAACUCACCAACAGCACAGCAGAGCUUAAGCUACGGAUAGCACAGACAGAGGAGCGUUUGGAGAUGGAGAAGAGGAGAUCCAAACAUUCUCUGGAGGACAUGGAUAACCUGCGACAGAAAGAGGUAGACCAUUUGAAUCGUCACCUGGAGGAGAGUGAGAGAGCUCUACAGGACAGAAUUCUCAAACUAGAAGGAGCGCGGAUACAACUGGAGGAGGAGUUAAGCAGGGCCAAGGCAGCUUGUGUUACAGAGAGAGCCCAGGCAGCGGAGGAGCUGGGAAAGGUCCGGGCCCAGGUUCGCCUGGAGGAGCAGCAGCGUGUGAGCGGGUUGGAGGAGAAGAUGCGUGGGUUGCGUCAGUCCCGUGACGAGGCCCAGAGCCUCUGCUCACAGCAGAAACAGACCAUAGCAGAGCUGCAGGGACGCAGCAGGCAGCAGGGCGCCGAGACUGACGGCCUGAGACGGAGGAUAGAGGAACUGCAGCAGGAGCUGGCUGGUAAGGAGCAGGAGAAGGUUGAGGAGGUGAGUCGGGUCAGAGUGGAGCUACAGGAGCAGGUGGGACACCUGCAGGCAGAAAGGACGGCACAGGGAGGACUGAAGGAGAAGAUCGCAGCUCUAGAAAGAGAGAUGAAAGUGCUGGCUAGUAGCCACAGAGAGGCCAUUUUGGACAAAGAGAGUGAGAUCUCAUCUCUGCUUGAGAAGCUGAGGCUGAGAGAGGCCGAUAUCCAGAGGAUGAGAGAGGAUGAAGCUCAGAGAGCUAGCUUCCUCCAGAAUGCAAUACUCACUUACGUACAGGGGUCACCUCUGCAUUACAGUCCUAAGAAAUGACCUCUGACAUUUGGCCUUUCCCGUCCUCAUAUAGAGGUCACUAGAACAAAAGUCAAAUUUGACCUCUGCAACCAUGAACUCGAUGAACGUGAACAUGAACUCGACACCACAGUUACUGAAAGACUUCUUCUCUAUGUUGCCUCUCUCUGCCAUCUUUAUUCUUUUUCCCACUUGUUGGUUCAAAUCACCUCAGCGGAAUCUGUGGGCUUUUGCACUUUUAGCAAAGUUGAAAAGCACAGAUAUUUAUCACUUUCCUAGUCAUGGGAAGUAAUAGACUAUUGUGGUCUUAAGCAACUUAACACCAGGUUUUUAAAAUGCUAUUCACUGAUAUCUGAUUACACAUUGAGGUAUUGCAAAAUUUUAAGAUUGUACAAAUCAGCUAAUCAAGUGAAAUGUAAAUAUAUCUGAUGUACAUUUUUCUAUUGUUUUUCUGUUGUUUUUUUUUACUGCAGUUUCUGGA